CCUUUGGGCUCACACCAUUGAUACCUCUGAUCCUGAUGACAAAUGCCAAUUUGGGUUCCGCGGGUUGGUCUCCACUCAUCUCUUUUAAUCUUGAAGACUUCAAAAUAUACCUGGAUCUACCAUUUUUUUUGAAAACUCCAAUACCAAGCAAUCAGUGACCCACCGUGCUCUUGUUAUAAUAUAGAAGCUUUUCAGUUCUCCAACUCUAAACAAGAUUUUCUCCCAUUUUCCCAUGAAGCCACAUUGUUGUUUAUUCACUUUAGUGGUGAGUGUUACUGUGCCAGCUGCUUUUGCUUUGGAAGAUGUAGGCUUCAACCAAAUGACCCCGCUGGGAGCAAAUCAUAGUUCUUCCAAUGCAUCAUUUCUCCCAAGUUUUGAACUCUCAGCAGAUUCCCACUCAGGUGAUGAUGUCAUCAUAGCCAGAGAGGGAACUAGUGUUUCAAUUGAGUGUCUUCUCACAGUCGACCACUAUGAAGGUGUCUAUUGGUGCAACUCAAAAGGACAGCAGCUGGAUAACAGAGGCAGAGGUGGAAAAUGGUUGGUUUCUGAUAACUUCCUGAAUAUCACCAACAUAGCCUUUGCUGACCGUGGGCUCUAUACAUGUUUUAUCACCUCUCCGAUCCGUGCCUCCUACUCGGUCACCCUGCGUGUUAUCUUCACCUCGGGAGACAUGAGUGUCUACUACAUGGUUGUUUGCUUGAUUGCCUUUACAAUCACUCUCAUCUUGAAUGUCACACGGCUGUGCAUGAUGAGCAGCCAUCUUCGUAAAACUGAGAAAGCCAUCAAUGAAUUCUUCCGAACUGAAGGGGCAGAGAAACUUCAGAAGGCCUUUGAGAUCGCAAAACGCAUCCCCAUCAUCACCUCAGCCAAGACUCUGGAGCUCGCCAAAGUCACACAGUUUAAAACCAUGGAGUUUGCUCGUUAUAUUGAAGAACUGGCAAGAAGCGUCCCUCUGCCACCUCUUAUUCUAAACUGUCGGGCCUUUGUAGAGGAGAUGUUUGAGGCUGUGCGAGUGGAUGACCCUGAUGACAUGGGAGAAAGAAUUAAAGAGAGACCUGCCUUGAAUGCUCAGGAUGGCAUCUUUGUCAUUAACCCAGAGAUGGGCCGGAGUAUUUCACCAGGAGGAGAUUCGGAUGAUGGUUCCCUGAGUGAACAAGGCCAGGAGAUAGCAGUUCAGGUUUCUGUCCACCUUCAGUCAGAGACCAAAAGUAUUGAUACAGAUUCUCAAGACAGCAAUCAUUUCAGCCCGCCUGAUGAUACAGGAUCUGCUGAAUUGAACUCUAACUACAAAGAUGGGGCAUUUGAAAGCUGCCAGCUGUGAGCUACCCCAGUACCUACAAAAAUGGCUCUCAGAAAAGGAACCUGUUUCAUGCAGGAAAUAACAUUUUUACCAAAAGAUAAGUAGGACUUAACCCCUUGCUCAUAUUAAGCACAUCAGGACAUGAAUUGUUACCAAAAUCUUUCUAAAAAUUCAGUGUUUUCCCUAUCUGAUUUUUCUCAGUCAUUUACCGUGAGCUUGAUUAAAUGACACAUGUUGAGAUUUAAAGGGACCUGAGACAUCAGCCUAAUGGGGAAAGUACCACACGCAGAAUUACAUGGCUUCUCUUCUGGUCAUGGUUCUUCCAUUGUUAGGGCUGACACUUUAGGCCUCAGUUUUCCCACUAACAAGAUGAGGGAUUUGCACUGGAUGAUAUCUAAAGACAUUUCUGGCCUUCUAACUUCUUACCUGCCACCUUUAAACCAAAAGAAUCUUCAGCCCAUUUCUGAAUAAAUGCUUCCCUAGACUUUGAGUCCCUUUUUAUGGAAAGGACCAAGCUGAAACUUUGUGAUUUGGAUUCCCACACCAAUGCUAUGCAUAGAGGUGUGGGUGUUUUUCAGAUGUCUUGCUGGUGGAGCAUACAGUUGUAUAUGCUAGGUUGAAUGUCUCCAGUGUAGCCCAUGUGUGUAUCGUUAUACAGAUACCGGGGAGCUAACUGCUCAUUAGUAAGCUACUUUCCAUGAGUAAAUUGGAACUUGUGGGGGUGUAUCAUGUCUUUUUAACUUACUGAGGCAUCAUUUAGCUCAUUGAGCCGGCAGUGAUUUCCCAACUGUUCUCCAAAAGUGAACAGUUCGUUCCUAAAGAAUAAUGUCUUCAUUGUUUUUAGAAUAAGAAACAAUGUCAAAUCAUCUGUGUCUGGUAAAUUAAUGGAUUUUGGCAUUUCUGUUCAUAGAAUUUCUCAGGCUUUCCCUGUUUAAAAGUACUGGACUCUAUGAGAUAGUUCUGUGUUUGGGAUCCCAUUCCAGGAGAAAACCCACAGCUGAAUUCCUCUUUAGACCUCUGUCAACACUCUUGCCCUCCGUGGUCUUUAAUAUGGUGCUAAAGGUUGCAUGCCUCCUUAUCUUGUUUGUCUUGUUUAUAUUUUAUUGUUGAGGUUUUUAUUUUUGUGUACUUCAGGUGUAGAAUUUUGAGCUAGGGCUGCUUUUGUGGCCUUUCUGAGAAGCACUAACCUGAAAUAAGAUUAGAUAAUGGUGUGUGGUGUAUGUUACUAUACUAAAUAUAUAGAUACUAAUACAGAUGGAUAUAUAUAUACACACAUACAGAUGAUCUAGAUAUAAAGAGGGAGAAAAAUUAUGAGGGAUGCCACCUGAUUCAACUGUGUAUAAUAAACACUUAGGACAGUAUUUCUUGCCUGGCUGAGAUCUGAUAUAAUGGAAUUGUACAUACUCUUCAAAAUAAUUUCUUCAGCUACAGUAAGCUUGGCGUCAUAUAAUUUUAAGAACUUGGCAGUGGAGCUCCAUGUGCUUCAUGUUUCUUCAUUUGGCUUCUGAUUACUGAAGCAUUACUUGAACAGAGGUUCCUGAGAGAAAUGUUUGGGGGAGGUUUUUAUCAGGAUUUUAAUUUCAAAUGGAGGAAGGCAGGAAAUUCGAAGUGUGACCAGAUAGAACUCCUUUCUCCUUUGUGAAGGCUUAUCAGAAGUAAUAUAUCUGCUCUGGAUAGCAUGAAUGAAUCGAUGUGCAGUUUUAUCAGAUGGCAUUACAGAUAAUGAUAAUGCUGCCUUUUCUGUCUCUCAGGCUGUUUCCAUGGAAACCUCCAGAGCCAAACAAAAGCUACCCGUCAUUUAGCCAAAGCUUGUCUUGGCUCAUAGACCUGUAUUUCUUUAAAGAACACUGUUUUCAUACAUUUGGCUAUGAGAGCAAGGGCUCUUGAACAUGCCCUAGAUUAUAGAACACUUUUUCCCUUCCCAGAAUGUUUCUCUUGAAAAUGUAAAAAAUUUUUAAAUCCCUUGUCUGAGGUCUGUCCCCUGAAUGUCCCUCAGAUCUUUAGAUAGCACCUUGCAACCUGUCCCAAUAUAGCAGGUUUGGGGUCAUUUUUAGAAUAUAGCUUGUCACAUUAAAGAGAAUGGAUUUACCCCACAUGUUCUCAUAACAGACAUGGGCAUUUGGGACCUUAAUGUAGACAUAUUUAAUGAUCAAAGUCUUGAGAAACAGGGCUUUGGAAAAAUACAAGAAAUAUUGGGAAAAAAAUAAGUUUGCACAAUACUAUAUAACAAGUAUAGGCUACUCCAGUGUAUCCUAGAUAAAUCACUUUAGAAAUGUAACGGUGACUUAAUUUGGUGGUCAAAGUAACUGGAUUACUUUGAGUAUUCCAGGUUAAGGUGCCACUGAUAAGGAAUUAAAGUAGGUCAAAAUUUAAGUGGAGCUGGUAUUACUUUCUAAAUCUAGUUGUUCAGAGGAAGAAAACCACACUCACUAACAUUUUCUGUAGCUAAUCAAAUACUCUUCAUAUAUUAUUAAUACCCAUGCUGUCUUUUUGUAAAAUCCUUAACCUUUUGAACUUAAACUCCAGUAACAGUCUUUUGACAAUAGUGGUAGUGUAAUUAUCCUUCUGUCUUGCUAGAUUUUAUGGUUAGUGAAAAUGCCUUUACUCAACAAACUGUGUUUGAAAUAGUUAUGUCAUCUCAUUUACAAAUUCUGUCUUGUAGUGUGAUUUAAUGAACCUUACUGUCCUUAUGAAAUGAAAUGGUGGCUUUGUGAAAUAAAUUUACCAAAAAUAGACAUGUGAACAUUUUUAGAGAUUCCUUACCAGUUGAAAUCAGACAGACAGGCACCUUUUGAGCUGAUACCGCGAUUAGUUUAUAGGCAGUUUGAUAAGCCUGUCCUCAAAGUCGCAUCUGUUCUGAUAGUUUAGUUCUUGAGUCUGGCCCAGUGAGUGUUUAUAUUUCCUACCAACUACCUUGAUAUAAAUAUCUUGGGAGUCGCUGACCUGGAAUGGUUGUGAGGAGGCUCCCGGCUUCUUCACCUCGCUUACCACGUAUUUUAAAGUCGAAAUACCCAGCUUCCCUUUUGUCCUCCAGCCACAGUGAACCCCUUGGCACAGUCCUCUCCACGCCCUGCAUGUAGUUUCAACCUAAAUCAGAGUUUGUAUUCUGUGUCACAGAGCAGCAUGGGAGCGUGAAUGCUUGUUUUCCAGGGCCCGGCCAGUCAUGGGUGCUAGCCUUGCCUCCUCACAUCAGCUACGGUAACACAAGUAUACCAGAUUUCCUGAAUCACUAUUAAGAGAACACAGUCUUUUGUCCCCUACGCCAGCAAUGUUAAAAGUGCUAAGCCUUGGGCUUCCCUGGUGCGCAGCGGUUGAGAGUCCGCCUGCCAAUGCAGGGGACACGGGUUCGUGCCCCGGUCCGGGAAGAUCCCACAUGCCGCGGAGCGGCUGGACCCGUGAGCCCUGGCUGCUGAGCCUGUGCGUCCGGAGCCUGUGCUCCGCAACGGGAGAGGCCACAACAGUGAGAGGCCCGCGUACCACACACACACACACAAAAAAGUGCUAAGCCUUAUGCAUAAACUCCUAGAUUCUCAACACAUUUCAUAAGAGUAAAUGAGUUGUUUAAUAUGGUUUAGAUGAUGUUUAAAUGGUUACCAUGUUAAUGAAUACUUACAUUAAAAUUUUGUCCUUUUUUUAAAAAAAGUUGUACUUGAAUGUAAUGUAUUAAAUGUUCAAUGGAGUGUAUUUCAUUUGUCUGAAGUCUUCUAUAGAGAUACAUUCUUUUUUUUUUUUUUUUUUUU